CCCCAUACUACAAUAACAUUGGUCUCAAGUAACUUCCAAUUAUAGUAAUAAACAGACACGUUGCAGGCAUGAGCAUCAUGAGUGAGUAUCAUCCUUAUUCAUCAUCAGCAUCUGUUGGAGAAUAUGAAGAGGACACAUUUGGCAAGUUUCAGCAGCAAAAACAAAACUCAAGAAGAUCAAGAAGGUGACACUAGUGGUAACGACAGAGUCAUCAUGAAUCUCUACAAUAGCUAUGAAGCUGGGCUGAUCCCAUGGCCUCCCAAGAACUACACUUGCAGUUUCUGCAGGAGAGAUUUUAGAUCUGCUCAAGCACUUGGAGGACACAUGAAUGUUCACAGAAGAGACAGAGCAAAACUCAGACAGAUCCCUUCUUGGCUCUUUGAACCUCACCAACAACACGUACCUGUUGGCAACCCUAACCCUAAUUUUGGCUCUUCUUCUCCUUUAACAAUGCCAGCUCAUCUUGACCCUUCCCUAACCAACCAGAUAUCCAAAACGACUACGUUUUCUUCUGACCGGUUCGAUCUUCUGGAUAAUACUAGCCAUGGAGGUUUGAUGAAGGAAAGAGAGAAGAACAAGAGCAAUGUGUGUAGCAGAGAGCUCAAGAAGAGUGCCAUAGAUUCAUCAUGCCAUGCUGCAAAAUGUGAGAUAAGUCGUGGGGAGAUGAACAAGAAACAUGGAUUCACGAGGUUGGAGCUUGGGAUGGAUUUGAGGAAUCCAAACCAAGUUCUUGAUUUGGAGCUUCGACUUGGCUGCCUUUAAAUAAUUAACUUUAAUUAAUAAUUUAACUACGAGAUUAUAUGUAAGGUAUGUAUGUAUGUGUAGCUGAGCAGUGAGCAAGAGAUUGUGAUUGCAUUUAGGCUAAUGAGAUUUAAUGGUAUUA